AUGAGCAGGCCUCCAGCAACAUCGCGCAAGGUCGGCAGCCUCAGGCGAGCGACGCAGACGGCGCGGGCUUUGCUAGGAGCGGGGCCCGUGCAGUUUCCAAGGUCGGUUCCUCCGGGAAUAUGGGCGCAGAGCUUGCUGGUCGCACGCCGGGCCAAGGCUGGCGAUGGUGAGGCCGAAGACAGUGAAGACGUCAAGGCUGCCCCAUCACAGACCGCUGAAACGGUCGAGGAUGCCAAGAAGGGGAUUACCGGGAAGAAGGCUUCCUCAGCAAAGUAUGAGGAUGAGGUGGAUGAGGUGGAAGAGGUGGAAGAGGCCAGAGCAGGCUUCGAUCAGGACGAGUGGCUGCAACAGACCGCUGACCAGAUCAAGAACUUUACAGUGAAGCAGGUAUGUGACUGGGCGAAAGCAGUGCUGAAAGCGAAAGGUCUCGAUGAAGGGUUGGCAGCGGAAGCGGCCCAGCGGUUGGAAAAUGAGGCAGUGACAGGUGAAGUGCUCAUCGGUGUUACGGUUCAAGAGCUGAAGCUGGACUACGGGAUGAAGCGUGGCCAUGCGACAUUGCUGGUGAAUCAGCUGCAAGCUUCCGGGGGCUCGGCGCCGCCGACGGCAGCGAGCGGACUCCAGGUGCCUGAUGCACAAAAGGCCAUCCAGGACAUCCUUUGCCCAAGCUGGACUGUGCGCUCUCCCAGUGCGAUGAUGCCACGGCUCAUCGCGCGCGAGGAGGCCAAACAUCAAAUCCUGGAGUACAUCCGGGGGUCCUUGUCACAGGAUGACUACUACUGGGAGCCCGGGUCAAGCAUAAACAAGUGUGCAAUCCUGACGACGGCCGGAAUAAAGGGCACAGGCAAAACUCGAGUACUCCACGAGAUGUGCACGACCUGGCGGGACGAAACCGGGGCGAAGGCGGCUCUGACAGUGGACUUCAAUGGGGGGAGCUAUUGGGACAACAGCAAAGCUGCAACCGAAGUGUUUUCAAAGCUACUCCUUCAGCAGUCAGGCAUGCCUGCGGAGAAAGCAGAAAACUGCGCGGCCGUUCUUUCAUUCAAGCAGGUGAUGCAGUGUUUGCGAGAGAAGCUGAAUUUGGGCGCCGACGACCUUCUGCUGGUAGGCAUCGAUGAGAUUCGGCAGUUCGAGACCCUUGCUGGCAAAGACAGGGCUGUGCAACUAGUAUCCAACCUCAUGGGAGCCCAGGACGAGUCCCUCCUCCAAACAAGCAACUGCCCGGUAAUCUUCGUGUGGACAUCGCUGCUUGAGAGCUACAUGUCGACGCUGAUGAGCGACUCCGGGCGCUAUGUGCUGCUGCCGAUCUCGUUGAGGGGUUUGCCGGUUUGCCACUUGCAGAGGCUUUGCAGCUGCUGCCCGAGGAGCUUCGCGAAGAACUGGACAAAGAACCAUCCGGACGUCAACUCGUGCGACAGCUGCUGGGUCAUCCGCGGCUGA